AUGUUCGACUCGCUGGUGCUGCUGGUGCAGAAAGUUUUCCAGCUGGCACACUUGGAUCUAUCCAGCAUCCUCCCGGCGAGAUCGGACAAGCCGAGGCGCACGGAUUGCGGCACCGCGGAGCUCGCGGUGCGCCCGGAGCGCGGAGAUCUGCUCGAAGUGCCGCGCACACUGUUCGUGCAUUUCGGGAUCUAUCUGGGCGACGGUAAGGUGGCACAUCUCAUGCCCGACAUCCUCCCGGUACUGACUCGAGAUGAGCGCUGGAUUAACUCGGUGGUGAGCAAUAAGCGUCUGCUGAUGGGCGUGCUGUACCGACGCGCCUCGGUGCGCGUUGACUGCCUGGAGGACUUUCUAUACGGCGCACCGGUGGUGUGCGUCAACGCCAUGGACGCUAAACUGGGAAAACAGCCCCUAGCCAACGAGGUGGUAGCACUCAGGGCUGAGAAACUAGUGGGUGAUAUUCCUUACAGCCUCAUGUGGAACAACUGUGAGCACUUCGUCACGUACUGCCGCUAUGGGACCGGUGUCAGUCAACAAACAGAUAAGUUUUGUGAUAGGCUGAAAUCCAUCAUACGGGAUCAGAGGAGUGUCCUGGUGACGACAGGCAUCGGGAUGUUUUCCAUGGUUUUCCUGGGAUCGACUUCGUCCACUGUACUUCCAUGUCUUUUUAUUUCCUUCAUCCUGUGGAUGGCUGGUUGA